GCGAAAAAUUGAAUCUCCACAAUAAGGAGAUUGAAAUAUGUCCUUGGGGUAUAAGUUUAUUACUUCUGUUGUUUGAGUUAAUUCUGAUUAGUAAUAAUAGACAAUUCAGCAUUUAGGUCUUUCAUUCAUUCAUUGGUAACGCUGUCUGUAUCAGCGAUCACUACACUGCUAACGUGUUGUGCCUGCGGGACAGCUGAUCAACCCUAUGAAGAACUAAACGGUACUUACUUUUCCCGUUGGCUACUGGAUCUGAUUCGUUCAGUGAUUAUUCCCUUGGACGACCGUCACCAUGGGAUUUUGGAGUUUGUGGGGAUCUCUUCCAGAUUGCUGCCUUGCGUUUUAGUGUGGCUCGCAUAGUGGAAUUCCCCUAAACUAUUCUUCAUUUUUAAUAAAUCAGGGUUUUCCCGUGAUUGAUUAUUAUCACAUCUGUGAUCUGGUUGUCUUGAGCUUGUUAUCGGGAUUGGAAAUCCAUUUGUGGUUUUGAGCCGCUAAGGUGUUAAUACGGGGACUACACAAUGCCUAAACAUAAACGCCCUCAUUCUCACAAGUCUUCCAGUGGCGAGGGAGUCAGCGAUUCCGCCAGUCGCACAACGCUGAUCAGCUCCAAAUCCACUGAGUCGCACACUGCCAGUCUGGCCAGUCAGGAGCCCUCUGGCUGGACGGCGUUUCCGCUGCAUGUGGCUGUUUGGCGCAAUGAUUUGACGCUGUUGAAACAACUGAUCACGCAGAUACAAGAGCGUCGUUUGGGAGGUGUGGAGCGAACUUACUCUGCCAGCAGCCAGGAGAACAUCGCGGACUUACCAGCGGAUGUCGAUCUGGAGAGUGUUGAUCCACGCGGGCGCACAGCGCUCUUGCUGGCCGUGUGUCUGGACCAUUACGAAUGCGCUAAGAUGCUGUUGGAGCACGGAGCCUCGGCCGGUGUCCGGUUGCGUUAUAUGGCUCCGCUGGGAACGGAAGAGCUGGCCGAUGAACCGCCCGAGACGUUCAAUGCCUGGUCGGCGGUGCACGAAGCCACCUGCACGGGUGAUGUGCAGUUGCUGUCGCUGGUGCUGCAGCACCGGGACGCCGAGCGGCAAAAGGUGUUGAGUAAUCUGGAUGAGAAGCUGCUCGAAGGAUUACGCAGCGUGCCCGACUUCUACGUGGAGAUGAAGUGGGAGUUCGCUUCCUGGAUUCCUUUUGUGGCGCGUUUGUGCCCCUCUGACACCUGCCGAAUCUAUAAAAAAGGCGCCAGUGUGCGUUUGGACACAACAUUGGUUGGCUUUGAGAAUAUGUCGUGGAUUCGCGGUCUGCGUUCGUUCCUCUUCACGGAGAAGGACGGGCAGAUGUCGUUUCACGAGAUCGACCAUGAUGCCAAGGUCGUCAGGACGGAGAGCAGUCGGCUGGGCGCGGAAGGGACCGAGGGAACCGGCCGCCCAAUGACUGCUCCGUCUGAGGCAGUACUGGCUCAGCGCAUGCGCACACCCGUGAUGCUGACGACAUUAGAUCCGAAGAAGAUCCAGUUUGAUCGAGUCAGAAGUGGACUGCUAUGGCGGAGCGACAAAAGCGAAAUGGUCAGCGGAUACAACUGUAAAGUGUUCGCCGCCAGCAAUGUGACCUUUGUCACACGCUCUAGAACGGAGCAUCUCAGUGACAAGGAUAUCAAAAAAUUGAGGGACCAAGCGGCUAAUCAUCCGUUAAACGGUAUAAUCAGUUCCGUCCGUGAGAACGAGAACAAUGUGGAGCAAGAAGGAUCUGCUGCGAUGCCAGCUAUGGAUUCAGGCGGAAUAACAAUGGAAGAAUAUUUCGAUACCCGAGUGUCCCUGGAUGAACGGGAUAUUGGCCGACCCAAGCAGAUGUCCAAGCGGUCUAAAACCUUCAGAGCUAAUAUGUGGUUAUGUGAUGAUUAUCCUCUUUCAUUGCGCCAGCAAGUUCUGCCGAUCAUUGAUAUGAUGGCGGCCACAAAUAUCCAUUUUGCCAAACUGAGGGACUUUAUUAGUCUUCACUUGCCCACCGGAUUCCCGGUGAAAAUAGAGAUUCCAUUUUUUCAUGUGAUAACCGUGCGGAUUACAUUCGAUAACAUAUUCGGCGCUAGUCAACCAGUGGACAACGUUAUGUUUGCCGAAGGAGAAAAUGAAGCGGAAGCGACCUGUGAUAUCGCUGAUGCGGUUUUUGAGAUUCCGGCUGAUUAUGAGAUAUCGGCGGAAGAGGGUUGGUGGCAAGAUGAUCUGUUGUUCGACGACGAUCCGGAAAUGGAUGGGGAAUUCAGUGACGCGCUGCCUGGAGAAUUGGCUUUCUCUGAAAGCCAAAUGCAGGAAUUAAGUCAAGCCCUGCAGAAUGGAUCGGAACACGAAAUGAACGGUUUUAGGGAAGGCCAAAGACAAAACAGGCCAAAAUCAGCCCAGACGAAAGGAGAAACCGAGCAAGAUAUAGAUGCCGCUUUGCGGCUUUCCGAAAAAGAAAUGACUGAACGCAAGAAGCGCGAGGAGGAAGAAACUGUGCAGCUCGAGGAAGCUUUACGACGCUCGUUGGAAGAAAGAUAAAAAGGAGUAGUACUUGUAACAUUUACACUCGCUCGAGCGAUAUUGGGGAAGUUGAUUUCGUAUUUGUUGUUAAUUUCGACGGCUUCUUUAUGCUGAAGCAGCCGGACAGCUUAUUCUUUUUAGUGUUAAAUUUUUUCCCGGUGAUACAAGGUUUGGACCUGAAAUUGCCAUGGAACUGUAAGUAAUGUUGGAAGUGCUGCAGACAAAAUUAUUGCGAUAAUAUGAUUUAAGUUUUUUCGGA